AACAUGCCCACUCAGCUGGAGAUUGCCAUGGACACUAUGAUUAGAAUCUUCCACCAGUACUCUUGCAAGGAAGGGGACAGAUUCAAGCUCAACAAGGGGGAGCUAAAGAUGCUUCUGCUGCGAGAGCUCACGGAAUUCCUCUCGUGCCAAAAGGAUCCUCAGUUGGUUGACAAGAUAAUGCAGGACCUGGAUGCCAAUAAGGACAACGAAGUGGAUUUUAAUGAAUUCGUGGUCAUGGUGGCAGCUCUGACAGUUGCUUGUAAUGAUUACUUUGUAGAACAAUUAAAGAAGAAAGGAAAGUAG